CAUACAGAUACAAGUCUCUAAACAGAAUACAAGCCAAGGCACUGCGUUGGUGAUAGAUUGGUUGUAGACUUUGUAUCUCAUUUCUUGAUAACCUAAGGCUCUAAACAGGAUCGAAAGUUUGUGUUUGGGACAAACUCAAGAUAAACUGUCUUCUUUGCCGUGACUGACAAAUUUGCACAUACAUUUUGUUCUAGAAGGAGCAUAUGUUUACUAAGCUUUCCCGGUUCUAAUCUCCAGGAUUUUUUUUUUACUACAUGCACGAACACAGUUGUUGUUGUUGUUUUUUUUUUGUUUUGUUUUUUUUUAAAGUCUCUUUGAGUAAAUAUUCUUGAACACAGAAUUCUUCAGACAGACAGGGCAAGCUUGUUGCCUUUGACAACAGAGGGAUGCUGAAUCCGGUCGGUGGGCGUGUGAGGCAAAGAACGGCAGAGUACGUUGUGGAGAGAGAUGUCCUGGAUGAGCACAGCCUGGAGGAGGUGGCACGCAAGCGGCUGCAUUCAAACAAGCCUGUCCUGGUCGACCGCCUCAAAGACUCACUGAGAUGCUCCGUGCCCAGGCUGAAGCGCAGUGUGCUGGGCUGCUUGCCAGUGCUCUCCUGGCUGCCCCGGUACUCUAUCAGAGACUGCGCCUUGGGAGACCUCAUAUCCGGCAUCAGCGUGGGCAUCAUGCACCUGCCACAGGGAAUGGCCUAUGCACUUCUGGCCUCCGUACCCCCUGUGUUUGGUCUCUACACCUCCUUCUACCCUGUCCUGGUAUAUUUCUUCUUUGGGACCUCCAGACACAUUUCAGUAGGCACAUUUGCAGUGGUCAGCGUCAUGGUGGGUGGUGUAACAGAACGUUUAGCCCCAGACAGUAACUUCAUUAUAAACGGCACCAAUGGUACACAGGAGGUAAACACAACGGCCAGGGAUGCUUACAGGGUUGAAGUGGCAGCCGCCACAACCCUUGUGGCUGGGAUUUUUCAGGUGCUCCUGGGAUUGGUGCGGUUUGGAUUUGUGGUGACAUACCUGUCGGAGCCACUAGUCCGAGGUUACACCACAGGAGCGGCAAUGCAUGUGGUCGCCUCACAGCUUAAAUAUAUGUUUGGGGUCACAACCCAGCGUUUCGAUGGACCUCUUUCAUUAAUUAAGACGAUAAUAGACGUAAUCUGCCGACUGCCAGGGACCAAUGUUGGCACUCUGGUGGUGAGUUUAGUGUCCAUGGUGGCUCUCAUCACGGUUAAAGAGCUCAACUCGGCCUACAGCCGGAAACUGCUUCUUCCCAUCCCCAUCGAGCUCAUUGUUAUUGUGAUUGGGACUCUGAUUUCUUACUACACCGAUCUCAAUACCCUCUAUGGCAUUGAUGUGGUGGGAGACAUCCCCAGUGGGCUGAAUCCUCCCACGACUCCAGACAUCAGCAUUUUCACGGAAGUAAUUGGAGACGCUUUCGCCAUGGCUGUUGUGGGUUAUGCCAUCAACAUCUCUCUGGGCAAGACAUUUGCCCUCAAACACGGAUACAAGGUCGACAGUAACCAGGAGCUCGUGGCUCUCGGUCUCAGUAACACAGUGGGAGGGUUCUUCCAGUGCUACUGCGUCACCUCCUCCAUGUCCCGUAGCCUGGUGCAGGAGACCACCGGGGGUAAGACGCAGGUGGCAGGGGUUAUAUCUUCAGUGAUAGUUUUGAUCACUGUACUGAAGCUGGGCGCAUUGUUUGAGGAGCUACCCAAGGCAGUCCUGGCCACAAUUGUCUUUGUCAACCUAAAGGGUAUGUUCAAGCAGUUUCUGGACAUCCCUGUACUGUGGAAAAGAAAUAGGAUUGAUCUGUUGGUGUGGCUGGUCACCCUAGUCGCCACACUACUGCUCAACCUGGACCUGGGCCUGGCUGCCUCCAUCGCCUUCGCCCUGCUGACUGUUAUCUUCAGAACACAGCUGCCUAGAUACUCAGUCCUGGGGCAGGUGCCUGGCACAGGGAUCUAUCUUGAUAUGGAGACCUAUGAAGAGGCAAGAAAAGUUCCAGGCAUCACCAUCUUUCGUUCGUCCACCACAGUGUACUUUGCCAAUGCUGAGCUCUACCUGGAAGCCCUACAAGAGAAGACUGGAAUCGACAUUAGAAAGCUGCUGACUCAGAAGAAAAAGCUGUUGGCUAAACAGAAACGCCUGGAGAAGAGAGAGAAAAAGAGAGCCAAGAGAGAGGCCAAGAAUGGGGUCCAAGCAGGUGACAGCAGCGAGGCGGUCUUUUCGGUAGAGGAGGCCACGGGCCGCUGGAAAGAGAAGAACGGGACCUGGGGGAAGCAGAACGGGGCAGCACCUGACACACCUUCAGCGCUGGAGGCUGACACCACUGGCACCCAGGCCUCCAGCUGUGGGGACACCUUAAGCAGGGAGCUGUCCCUGUGCUCCAUGGGAAAGAGCACCACAGAGAUCCACUCCAUCAUCCUGGACCUCUCCACGGCCAGCUUCAUCGACACAGUGGGCAUCAAAACGCUGAGAAAUAUAUUCCUGGACUUUGCAGAGAUUGAUGUGGAUGUGUAUCUGGCAGGCUGUCAGGCCUGUGUAGUGGAACAGUUGGAACGUGGGGAGUUGUUCAGCCACUCUAUCACCAAGGGCCACCUCUUUGCCACUGUGCAUGACGCUGUACUGUACUGCCUCAGCAAGCAAGGAGCAUCAACUGCACCCUGCUAUGACUGUGCAUUGGAUAUGACCUGCAGUACCCACCUGUAACCUGAAGAGGGGGCCAGCUCCCUUCAUCCCCUCCACCAUCUUCACCACCCUCAUUUCCUUCAUCACUCCUCCUUCCCUUCGUUUCCACUGUGAUGGUGAUGCACAGCUCGGCCAACUCAAUACGACACUGGGUUUCCAUAGUAACAAGGGCUGCAGUUGCUAUAGCAACUGUUUUUUCCACUGCAGAGGCAGCCGGAACACGUCACCUCCAUCCAGUGUAUAUUUACAUUUAAUGGAGAAAGAGCAGGAGCCUGGGGAGGAGAGCAGAAAUGAAGCAGACACUGGCACUGCUAAAUGGACAGAGCAGUGCAGGAAUGCUGGAAUGAGGGUCACAGACAGGAAGCUGAACAAAGUGGAGUGUGACGAAGUGUACUGCAAAGUCUCAGACCUGGAGUUUUGUACAUGAACUUGUACUUGUGUGGACAGUUCUUACAUUAUACACUGAUACUCUCGUGUUAUAUUAACUCAUUGUGAAAUGAUUUCCCCUGAUGUUAGACAAUGUCUGAAAACAACAACAAAAAAAUAACUAAUUCUUUUUGAUGUAAAUCAAACAAACAAGAAAAUCUAUAGGCAAGACAAGCUGUCCCUCGGUCAUUUAAUGAGCCCACCACCACCUCCUCAGGGAUAUUCUCUCUGCUGCAUGGGGGUUGGGGUUAUAUAUUAGCUGUCAGUUCCACCUCUUCUUCUAGGCCUGUCAUUCCUCCUGUGAGUUGUGUCCACACUGCAGCCCCUCCACACCCUCCCCCUUUAAAUGGAAAUCUAAUAUUGUUACGGGUCUGCUAAGUUAGACUGUCUACACCCAGAGGUCCAGUGGCUAAACACACAGGGCUGGGCUCUGCUGUUCAAGUCGGAAGGGUAGAGUUUAACUUCAACUGCAUUAUUUUUUGAUAGCCUUACUGUGUUAACAACCUGCUUUCAUUGGUAGACCAAUUUGAAGCUACAUUUAUGGUUUUUUAUUAAUUACAACCGACAAUGUAUACACACGUCUCACUUGACUGUUUCCAUAAACAAUCCUGCUAUCAAGUGGCCUCACCGACAUACAUUUUCAAUUGUACUUUUCUCCACUGAGCAAAAUCUCAAGAUGGUAGGGUGUUCUUAUAGUUAAGUAUGGUGCUACAUGUAUAUAUGUGUAAUAUGUAGCAGACAUGUACAGUAUAUUUAAUACAUUUACAGGCAAAGCAUUUGAAUAAAAACAACGAUCACAUGGCAGACAGUUAA